GCGUCAUCAACAUUUUCGGGUUCUAGGGUUUCCGCUCCUUUGAACAACCGCAGUCAACAACAGCCGACAUGGUUCUCAAAACUGAACUCUGUAGGUUCAGUGGGGCGAAGAUCUACCCUGGAAGAGGCAUCAGAUUUAUCCGAUCUGACUCUCAGGUGUUCCUCUUUAUCAAUUCAAAAUGUAAGAGGUACUUCCACAAUCGGCUGAAGCCAUCCAAGAUUACAUGGACUGCCAUGUACAGGAAGCAACACAAGAAGGAUAUUGCUCAAGAAUCUGCUAAGAAGAGGAGACGUACCACCAAGAAGCCUUAUUCAAGGUCAAUAGUUGGUGCUACCCUGGAGGUUAUCCAGAAGAGAAGAACUGAAAAGCCAGAAGUUCGUGAUGCUGCCCGGGAAGCUGCACUCCGUGAAAUCAAGGAAAGGAUCAAAAAGACCAAGGAUGAAAAGAAGGCAAAGAAGGCAGAAGUUGUUGCCAAACAGAAGAGUAAGGGUCAGAAUAUUCCCAAGGGAGCUGGCCCCAAGGGUCCCAAGCUUGGUGGCGGUGGUGGCAAGCGCUGAUCAACCUAUCUGUUCAUUGGCAGGGUAAAGUAAUUGAUAGGACUGUUUGUUCCAUUUCUCUUUGAAAAUUUUGUAAGGAUUGAUAUGCGCAGUGGAUGGUUUAUUGUUUGUCUCCUUUCAUCUAUGCCUAUACCUGUCACUUUGGUAUUUAUUAAGUAUGGAAAAGUGGCUGUUGGACUUGCA